AUUUCCUCUCUUCUAGUUCUCUGAGCAUACCAAAUUGAGAAUCUCUCUCUAAAAUCGGCCACAAUGUCUAGCCGUGGCGGUGGUGGGAGCAGAGGUGGCCGGCGGCAGGAGUAUGGCCGCGGCCAGUCACAAUCGCCGGGACAGUCUGCAUCUAGCGUUGGUGGUGGUCGUGGUCGCGGUGGUGGUCGUGGUCGUGGUCGUGGUGGUGAUGGAGGAGUAGGCGCUGGCAGGGGACGCGGUGUCCCUGGAUCUCCAUCCCCUGGUUUUACGCAGCCUCCUCCGACUGUUUCCGUACCGGUAACUCCUCCGGUAACUGAAUCGCCAUCAUCCUCGUCAGGGCCGUCUCAUCCGUCUGUCCCCUCGGGCUCAAGUUUCAAUGUGGGAGAUCUAAGUCUGCAGAUAACGCAGCAGCUUGCAUUGGAGCCAAGGCCUGCGACAGAGCCGCCUCCGUCGUCGUCUAAGGCUGUGAGGGUGGCUCUGCGGCCUGGAUAUGGCACUCUGGGAGGGAAGUGUAUGGUGAGAGCCAACCACUUUAUUGUUCAACUAGCUGAGAAAGAUCUUCACCACUACGAUGUUUCUAUAUCUCCUGAAGUUACUUCCAAGAAGGUGAACAGGGAUAUAAUGGCUCAACUCGUUGAGAUGUAUAAGGAGUCACAUCUAGGUAGAAGAACUCCAGCAUAUGAUGGUAUGAAGAGCCUAUACACGGCUGGGGCACUGCCAUUUGAAUCAAAGCAAUUUGUGGUCAAGUUACCAGAGAAUGAUGGUCAGGCUCGCUCAUCGUCCGGUUCUUCUAGGAGAGAACGCAAGUUUACAGUGACAAUUAAAUGGGCCUCAAAGCCUGACCUUUAUAGUCUGCAGCAGUUCUUGCGCGGUAGGCAUUCAGAUUCUCCCCAAGAUGCUAUCCAAGCCCUUGAUGUUGUUCUUAGGGCUCCUCCAAUGCAAAGGGAAAAUUGUAUUGUUGUUGGUAGGUCUAUUUUCUCUAAAGACAUUGGAAGUGAAGGGGAGCUUGGUGGUGGCGUUCAAUAUUGGCUGGGUUACUAUCAAAGCCUCCGUCCCACCCAGCUGGGUCUUUCUCUUAACAUAGAUGUUUCUGCUCGUUCUUUCUAUGAGCCGAUUUUAGUUACUGAGUUUAUUGCAAAGUAUUUUAAUUUGAGGAGCUUGCCAGGGACUCUAUCGGACCAAGAUCGCAUAAAGGCGAGAAGGGCAUUGAGAGGCAUAAAGGUGGAACUUACUCACAGGGAGUAUGUUAGGAGCUACAAGAUAGCUGACAUAUCAAGGGAGCCAACAAGACAGAUAACUUUUACAGAUGACAGGGGCAGAAAGAUAUCAGUGGUUCAAUAUUUCCGUGAGAAAUAUAAUAUUGCGCUCAGAUACACAGAUUUGCCUGCCCUUCAAGUUGGAACUGAAGCAAAACCUAUCUAUUUGCCAAUGGAGGUAUGUAAAAUUGUGAGAGGACAGAGGUACACGAAAAAGUUAAAUGAAAGACAAGUAACUGCCCUGUUAAGGGCCACCUGUCAACGCCCCAGAGACCGAGAAAAUAAUAUCAGAGGGGUGGUUAGGUACAACGAAUUCAAUAGAAACUCUCUUCUAAGAGAAUUUGGAGUUCAAGUUGGAGAAGAACCUACUUCUGUUAAGGCUCGGGUGUUGCCUCCUCCAUUGCUUAAAUAUCAUGAGACUGGCCGAGAACGAGAGGUUAAUCCUUCAAUGGGGCAAUGGAAUAUGAUUAACAAGAAAAUGGUCAAUGGUGGCCGUGUUGAUUCUUGGACAUGUGUUAACUUCUCUUCAAGUGUAGACCAGCGCUUACAGUCUGACUUUUGUAAGCAGUUGGUGGAGAUGUGUAGAAGUAAAGGAAUGGAAUUUAAUCCAAGACCCAUUGUCCCUAUGCAGUCAUUUAGGAGUGGUCAAAUUGAAAUGGCUCUUACAGAGAUACACAAUCAGGCUCACAAUCUCCAGUUGCUGAUAAUUAUAUUGCCUGACGUUACCGGUUCUUAUGGGAAAAUUAAACGCAUUUGUGAGACAGAACUCGGAAUUGUAUCACAAUGCUGUCAGCCCAGGCAGGUUGCAAAACUUAACAAACAGUAUAUGGAAAAUGUUUCUUUGAAGAUAAAUGUGAAGGUUGGAGGACGAAACACUGUGUUGAAUGAUGCCAUUCAAAGAAGAAUUCCUAAUGUUAGUGACCGCCCUACAAUUAUAUUUGGUGCUGAUGUCACUCAUCCCCAGCCAGGGGAGGAUUCCAGUCCUUCAAUAGCAGCAGUGGUUGCUUCAAUGGAUUGGCCUGAGGUGACAAAAUAUCGAGGACUUGUAUCUGCACAACCUCACAGGGAGGAAAUCAUACAGGAUCUCUAUAAAACAGUUCAGGAUUCCCAGAGGGGAAUAGUUCAUGGUGGAAUGAUCAGGGAACUAUUUAGGGCAUUCAGGAUGUCAACUGGACGGAAACCUGAGAGGAUCAUAUUCUACAGAGAUGGGGUGAGUGAGGGACAAUUCAGUCAAGUGCUACUUCAUGAAAUGGAUGCCAUCCGUAAGGCAUGUAGCUCAUUGGAGGAGGGGUACUUGCCACCAGUUACAUUUAUUGUGGUGCAGAAAAGGCAUCAUACUCGCUUAUUUCCUCUUGAACAUAAUAGUCGUGAUCAAACUGAUAGGAGUGGCAAUAUUAGACCUGGUACUGUUGUUGACACUGAUAUAUGCCACCCUACAGAGUUUGACUUUUAUCUCAAUAGCCAUGCUGGAAUUCAGGGAACCAGUAGGCCUACUCACUACCAUGUCCUUUAUGAUGAGAACCGUUUUACUGCAGAUGCCUUGCAAGUGUUGACCAACAACCUAUGUUACACGUAUGCAAGGUGUACUCGAUCAGUCUCUAUAGUGCCUCCUGCCUAUUAUGCACAUCUAGCUGCAUUUCGAGCAAGGUACUACAUAGAAGGAGAAUCUUCAGAUGCUACUUCUUCAGGCGAGAGCAAGACUACUAAGGAAAAAACUAAGGAGGUUAGGCAACUCCCCAUAAUCAAAGACAAUGUGAAGGACGUGAUGUUUUACUGCUGAAUACUGACUCUUGGAUACCUUUUCCCUUUUUGGCUCUGGUCCUGCCAACAUUAUAAGACAGAUGUUUGGGCAAUGGUUCUAUGCGUAUGUCUUUUUGGGUUUGCACUGUUGAAUGCCUUUUGAUACUUGCAAGUAAAUGGUUAACGCUUGU